AUUGAGAGUUCAUCUUGGUGGAUUUUUCCUUUGAUGAAUAUGAAGUGUCCUUCCUUAUCUUUUUUGAUGACUUUUGGUUGAAAAUCAAUUUUAUUUGAUAUUAGAAUGGCUACUCCAGCUUGCUUCUUCUGACCAUUUGCUUGGAAAGUUGUUUUCCAGCCUUUCACUCUGAGUUAGUGUCUGUCUUUGUCUCUGAGGUAUGUUUCCUGUAGGCAGCAGAGUGCAGGGUCCUCAUUGCGUAUCCAGUUUGUUAAUCUAUGUCUUUUUAUUGGGGAGUUGAGACCAUUGAUGUUGAGAGAUAUUAAGGAAUAGUGAUUAUUGCUUCCUGUUAUAUUCAUAUUUGGAUGUGAGAUUAUGUUUGUGUGCUUUUCUUCUCUUUGUUUUGUUGCCAAGACGAUUGGUUUCUUGCUUUUUCUAGGGUGUAAUUUGCCUCCUUGUGUUCUGCUUUACCAUUUAUUAUCCUUUGUAGGGCUGGAUUUGUGGAAAGAUAUUGUGUAAAUUUGGUUUUGUCAUGGAAUAUCUUGGUUUCUCCAUCUAUGUUAAUUGAGAGUUUUGCAGGAUACAGUAACCUGGGCUGGCAUUUGUGUUCUCUUAGGGUCUGUAUGUCAUCUGUCCAGGAUCUUCUGGCUUUCAUAGUCUCUGGUGAGAAGUCUGGUGUGAUUCUGAUAGGUCUGCCUUUAAAUGUUAUUUGACCUUUUUCCCUUCAUGUUUUUAAUAUUCUUUCUUUGUUUUGUGCAUUUGGUGUUUUGACUAUUAUGUGAUGGGAGGAAUUUCUUUUCUGGUCCAAUCUAUUUGAAGUUCUGUAUGUUUCUUGUAUGUUUAUGGGUAUCUCUUUCUUUAGAUUAAGGAAGUUUUCUUCUAUAAUUUUGUUGAAUAUAUUUACUGGCCUUUUCAGUUGGGAGUCUUCACUCUCUUCUAUGCCUAUCAUCCUUAUGUUUGAUUUUUUCAUUGAGUCCUGGAUUCCCUGUAUGUUUGGGGCCAGUAGCUUUUUCCGUUUUACAUUUUCUUUGACCGUUGUGUUGAUGAUUUCUAUGGAAUCUUCUGCUCCUGAGAUUCUCUCUUCUAUCUCUUGUAUUCUGUUGGUGAUGCUUGUAUCUACGGCUCCUUGUCUCUUCCUUUGAUUUUCUAUAUCCAGGGUUGUUUCCCUGUGUACUUUCUUUAUUGCUUCUAUUUCCAUUUUUAAUUCCUUCACCUGUUUGAUUGUGUUUUCCUGGAAUUCUUUCAGGGAUUUUUGUGAUUCCUCUCUAUAGGCUUCUACUUGUUUAUUUAUGUUUUCCUCCGUUUCUCUAAGGGAGUUCUUCAUGUCUUUCUUGAAGUCCUCCAGCAUCAUGAUCAAAUAUGAUUUUGAAACUAGAUCUUGCUUUUCUGGUGUGUUUGGAUACUCAGUGUUUGCUUUGGUGGGAGAAUUGGGCUCCGAUGAUGCCAUGUAGUCUUGGUUUCUGUUGCUUAAGUUCCCCACUUGCCUCUCGCCAUCAGGUUGUCUCUGGUGUUACCUUGUUCUGCUAUUUCUGACAGUGGCUAGACUGUCCUAUAGGCCUAUGUGUCAGGAGUGCUGUACACCUGUGCUCCUGUUUUCUUUCAGCCAGUUAUGGGAACAGAGUGUUCUGCUUUCGGGCGUGCAGUCUUUCCUACCUACUGGUCUUCAGCUGUUACUGUGGGCUUGUGUCCUGAUUCUACCAGGCAGGUUGCUUGGAGCAGAAAAGUUGCUCUUACCUGUGGUCCCGCGACUGAAGUGGCUCCUGGAGGGCUGCUUUUCAGCUCUCAGUGAGGGCGGCAACCAGGAGGGCCUGAGCUGCCUUUUCCUGGGGACCCCGUGCACUGGGGUCCCAGAUGGUAUUAGGUGUUUUUCUCUGGAGUCAGAAAUGUGGGCAGAGUGUAGUCUCUUCUGACUUCCCAGGUAUAUUUGCCCCUCUGAAGGUUUAGCUCUCCAUCCCAUGGGAUUUGGAUGCAGAGAACUGUUGACUAGUUCCCUUCAGGUCCGGGCGGUGUCUGGACUGUGGGGGAUCUGCUGUUCAAGUGCCCCUAUCUUCCGGUCCCUAGAGGCCGUAUACAGUUUCCUCUUGGGCCAGGGAUGUGGGCAGGGGUGGGCAGUGUUGGUGGUCUCUCCCGCUCUGCAGUCUCAGGAGUGCCCACCUGUCCGGGCAGUGAGCUCUCUCUCCCAAGGGGUGAUUUUGGACUGUUUUAUUUAAAUCCUUCACCUGUUUGUAUUUUCCUGUAUUUCUUUAAGGGAUUUAUUUGUUUCCUCUUUAAGGGCUUCUACCUGUUUGCUUUCUUUAAGGGAGUUAUUUAUAUUCUCCUUAAAGGCCUCUAUCACCUUCAUUAGAUGGGAUUUUUAGGUUACAGUCUUGCUCUUCAGAUGUGUUACAGUAUCUGGGGAUACCUGUAGGAAGAAAAUUGGGUUCUGAUGAUGCCAAAUUACAUUGACUUCUGUUCUUGUGCUUGCCUCAACAUUUGGUUAUCCCUGGUGUUAGUUGGCCUGGGUGUCUCAGACUGGAGCAGGCCUCCUUUGGAGGCAGGUAGAGCUGUAUAACUUGGGUUAGAGCAGGCCUUCUAGGAAGAAGGCAGUGCUGUCUCUGGUUAGGGCAGACUUCCUGUGUCCCUUGUUAUAGCAAGCCUCCUCUGACCCCAUGUCCCUGGUUAGAGCAGACCUCCAGUGACACAGGCUGGAUUUGGUGUCCAGAGGAAGGCACUUUGAUCUGCCAAGGGUUCAGAUGAAGGUGCAGACAGGAAAGAUGAUGGGGCUCAGGCAGAGUUGGAUACAUGGGUGGGGAAAAGGGAAGGUAACCUGUAUGGUUCAGGAGUCUCAGGUUUGAUAAAGUGAGGGGAGGGCAGCUGGAGACAACAGGCUGCUCAGGGCAGCUUGGUGUGCCACAGAGGGCUCAGCCAGCAGGGAAGAUUGGUGGGGGAAUGGAAGCUUACCUGUAUGGUUCAAGAGUCUGGUGUAGGUAGAAGAGAGGCAGUGGGAGAUUGGUGGUCCCCCUGGGCUGUCAGGUUGCUCGGGGUAACUUGGCUUGACCCAGAGGGCUGCUCUUCUUAGCUGUUCUUAUGAACUUUACCAUCAGGCUGUCUAACUCCAUAAAAUGUUUGUAGGUAUUUUUGAAAUUGCAUUACAUUUAUACAUCAACCUAGGGAGAACUGACUUUUUUUAAAUGUUGAGUUUCUCAGGGAAAAGUCAAAUUUUAUUACCAUUGUUCCACAAUCUCUUCAAUGGAAUCCAGAAUCCUUAUUUGGUUAUAUUAGGCACAUCCACAAAUAAAUUUGAACCAAAAUAAUGUAAUAUUUGCAGAUAAUCCUGGGAAUGUGGUGACCUUGUAGUAUAGCACAAAGAGCAAAUUCUUGAAUAUGUUUUCCUAACAUUUGUAACAGUGUGUGAAAUCAGCCACUGUGCUUGCCGAGACUGCCCAGUCCCUUUGUUUCAAGGCUGUUUGACUUUUGGUUCAUACAAAAGAAAGUUUGUCACAAGUAGGAUAUAAUUAAACUCUCUUGCACCCUGAGUUAUAACAGAAGACCAUCUUUUGAGACCUUGGAACAUGUUUUGAAGACGACUUAAAUAUUCUCUCCCAGAAAUUGAAAUCCCUGAAGUCUCAAGAAAAUGUAACACUGCUUUGUUCUUAACUAUAAUAAUUUUAUCUUCAUCAUCAAGUUAUUUUAGCUAAGGUCAGUGGCAUAAUGUGUACUGUGGCAAAGUACUACACUAAGUAGGUGAGAAGUAACAGAAAUUUGGUUGUCUGGUGGUUUAAUGUUUUUGCCUGGAAUUUUCCUUCAUUUUUCUUCUUCAUAUAAUACUACAUUUUUAUAGUCUAUCUAAUUUAACCAUGCUAUUGUCUGUUCUUCAAUGUUAUGUAGGCCUUUUCGAGGGUUUAUAGUUGCUGUUGUUUCUGCUGUUGCUUCUGUUGUUGUUGACGUUGUUACAGCAGAAGAAGGAAAAGGUAGGAGCAUUUGAACUCUUUUAUAUGUAACUAGAUUCUUUCCUUUUAUGUUUUCUCUCAUCAUUUAUUUUUACUGGAUAUUUUUAUUUACAUUUCAAAUGAUAUUCCCUUUCCUGGUUUCCGAUCCAUAAGCUCCCUAUUCAAUCCCCUUCCUUCUCCUUCUAUAAAGGUGUUCCCCCUCCCCAACGAUCCCCUUUCCACCUCCCCGCCCUGAUAUUCACCUACACUGGGAGGUCCAGCCUUGGCAGGACCAAGGGCUUCUCCUCCCAUUGGUGCACAACAAGGCCAUCCUCUGCUCCAUAUGCAGCUAUAGCCAUGGGUCUGUCCAUGUGUACACUUUGGAUGGUGGUUUAGUCCCUUGGAGCUCUGGUUGGUUGGUAUUGUUCUUAUGGGGUUGGAAGUCCCUUCAACUCCUUCACUCCUUUCUCUAACUCCUCUAAUGGGGACUCUGUUCUUAGUUCUAUGGUUUGUUGCUAGCAUUCGACUCGGUCUUUGUCACUCUCUGGCUGAGCUUUGCAGGAGACAGCUAUUUCAGACUCCUGUCAGAGUGCCUUAAUAGGCAUCAGCAAUAUUGUCUGGGCUUGGUCGGUGUAUGUAUGUGGGCUGGAUCCCCAUGUGGGGCAGACUCUGAAUGGCCAUUCCUUCAGUCUCUGCUCCAAACUUUGUCUCCAUAUCUCCUCAUAUGAAUACUGUUGUUCCCCUUUUUAAGAAGGACUAAAGCAUCCACACUUUGGUCAUCCUUCUUCUUGAGCUUCAUGUGGUCUGUGUAUUGUAUCUUGGGUAAUCCAAACUUUUGAGCUGACAUCCACUUAUCAGUGAGUGCAUAUCAUGUGUGGGGAUGUAUGUGUGUGUGUGUGUGUGUGUGUGUGUGUGUGUGUGUGUGUGUGCUUGGAUUACCUCAUUCAGCAUAUUUUCUAGUUCCAUCCAUUUGCCUAUGAAUUUAAUGAAGUCAUUGUUUUUGAUAGCUGAGUAAUUACUCCAUUGUGUAAAUGUACCACAUUUUCUGUAUCCAUUCCCGUGUUGGAGGACAUCUUGGUUAUUUCCAGCUUCUGGCUAUUAGAAAUUCGGCUGCUAUGAACAUAGUGGAGCAUGUGUCCUUGUUGUAUGUUGCAGCAUCCUUUGGGUAUAUGCCCAGGAGUGGUAUAGCUGGGUCCUCAGGUGGUGCAAUCUCCAAUUUUCUGAGGAACCUACAGACUGAUUUUCAGACUGGUUGUACCAGCUUCCAAUCAUACCAAAAAUGGAGAAGUGAUUCUCUUUCUCUACAUCCUUGCCAGUACCUGUUGUCACCUAAGUUUUUGAUCCUAGCCACUCAGACUGGUGUGAGGUGGAAUCUCAGGGUUGUCUUGAUUUGCAGUUCCCUGAUGAUUAAGGAUGUUGAACAUUUUUUAGGUACAUCUCAGCCAUUUGAUAUUCCUUAGCUGAGAAUUCUUUGUUUAGCUCUGUACCCCAUUUUAAUAGGGUUUUAUGGCUCUUUAGAAUCUAACUUCUUGAGUUCUUUGUAUAUUUUGGAUAUUAGCCCUCUAUUGAAUGUAGAAUUGGUAAAGAUCUUUUCCUGAUAUGUUGGUUGCCAUUUUGUCCUAAUGACAGUGUCCUUUGCCUUACAGAAGCUUUGCAGUUUUAUGAGGUCCCAUUUGUCAAUUCUUGAUCUUAGAGCAUAAGCCAUUGGUGUUUUAUUCAGGAGAUUUUCCCCAAUGCCUAUGUGUUAGAGGCUCUUCCCCAUUUUUUUGUCUAUUAGUGUGAGUGUAUCUGGUUUUAUGUGGAGGAUCUUGAUCCACUUGGACUUGAGUUUUGUAUAGGGUGAUAAGAAUGGCUGGUUUGCAUCCUUCUACAUGCUGACCUCCAGUUGAACCAGCACCAUUUGUUGAAAAUGUUGUCUUUUAUUCCACUUGAUUUAAAUAUCAAGUGACCAUAGGUGUGUGGGUUCAUUUCUGGGUCUCAAAUUCUAUGCCAUUGAUCUACCUGCCUUUCUCUAUACCAAUACCAUACAGUUUCUAUCACUGUUGCUCUGUAAUACAGCUUGAGGUCAGGGAUUAUGAUUACCCCUGAAGUUCUUUUAUUGUUGAGGAUAGCUUUCACUAUCCUGUUUUAUUGUUAUUCCAAAUGAAUUUGCAAGUUAGUCUUUCUAACUCUAUGAAGAAUUUAGUUGGAAUUUUGAUGGGGAGUGCAUUGAAUCUGUAGAUUGCUUUUGGCAAAAUGGCCAUUUUUACUAUAUUAUUCUGCCAAUCCAUGAGCAUGGGUAUGUUGUGACUUUGUUUUUAUUAAAUUCUAAGAAGUAUUUAAUUUCUUUCUUUUUUUAUUCCUUGACUGAGUUAUCAUUGAGUAGAGCAUUGUUCAACUUCCAUAUAUAUAUAUGGGCUUUCUAUCGUUUUUGUUGUUACUGAAGACCAGCCUUAGUCUGUGGUGAUCUGAUAGGAUGCAUGGGAUUGUGUCUAUCUUCCUGUAUCUGUUGAGGCCUGUUUUGUGACCAAUUAUAUGGUCGAUUUGGGAGAAGGUACCAUUAGGUGAUGAAAAGAAGGUAUAUCCUUUUGUUGUGAAUGAAAUUUUCUAUAAAUACCUAUUAAAUCCAUUUGGCUCAUAGCUUCUUUUAGUUUCUCUAUGUGUCUGUAUAUUUUCUGUUUACAUGAUCAGUUCAUUGAUCAGAAUGGGAUAUUGAAAUCUCCCAAUAUUAUUAUUGUGUGAGGAGUAAUGUGUGCUUUGAGCCUUAUUAAGGUUUCUUUUAUGAAUGUAGGUGCCCUUGCAUUUGAAGCAUAGAUAUUCAGGAUUGAGAGUUCAUCUUGGUGGAUUUUUCUUUUGAUGAUAUGAAGUGUCCUUCCUUAUGUUUUUUGAUAACUUUUGUUUGAAAGUCAAUAUUUGAAUGGCUACUCCAUCUUGUUUCUUGGGACCAUUUGUUUGGAAAAUUGUUUUUCAGCCUUUUACUCUGAGGUAGGGUCUGUCUUUGUCUCUGAGGUUUUUCCUGCGUGCAGCAAAAUGCUGGGUCCUCUUUAUGUAUCCAGUCUGUUAGUCUAUGUCUUUUUAUUGGAGAAUUGGUUCCAUUGAUGUUAAGAGAUACUAAAUAAUAGUGAUUGUUGUUUCUUGUUAUUUUUGUUGUUAGAGGUAGAAUUAUGUUUGUGUGGCUCUCCUCUUUUGGUUUCAUUGCAAAGAGAUUAUUUUCUUGCUUUUUCUAGAGUGUAUUUUCCCUCCUUGUGUUGGAGUUUUGCAUCUAUUAUCCUUUGUAGGGCUAGAUUUGUGGAAAGAUAUUAUGUAAAUUUUGUCUUGUCAUGAAAUAUCUUGGAUUUUGCAUCUAUGUUAAUUGAGAGUUUUGCUGGAUAUAGUAGCCUGUGCUUGCAUUUGUGUUCUCUUACAGUCUGUAUGACACAGUCUCUGGUGAAAAGUCUGGUAUAAUUCUGAUAGAUCCACCUUUAUAUAUUGCUUGACAUUUCCCCCUUACUACUUUUAAUGUUCUUUCUUUAUUUUGUGCAUUUGUUUUUUGACUAUUAUAUGCUGUGAGAAAUUUCUUUUCUAGUCCAAUGUAUUUGGAGUUCUGUAGGCUUCGUCUAAGUUUAUGGGCAUCUCUUUAUUUAGGUUAGGGACGUUUUCUUCUAUAAUUUUGUUGAAGGUAUUUACUGGCCCUUUAAAUUGAGAGUCUUUGCUCUCUCCUAUACCAAUUUCUUUAGGUUUGACCUUCUUCAUUGUGUUCUGGAUUUCCUGGAUGUUUUUGGUUAGUAGCUCUUUAUGUUUUACAUUUUCUUUGAGGGAUGUUUCAAUGUUUUCUAUGGUACCGUCUACCCCUGAGAUUCUCUCUUCUAUCUCUUGUAUUUUGUUAGUGAUUCUUGCAUCUCUUUCCUAGGUUUUCUAUCUCUAAGAUUGUCUCCCUAUGUGAUUUCUUUAUCAUUUCUAUUUCCAUGUUUAAAUCCUGUAUGGUUUUGUUCAAUUCCUUCACAUGUGUGGUUGUGCUUUCCUGUAAUUCUUUAAGGGGUUUUUUGUGUUUUCUCUUUAAGGGCUUCUACCUGUUUACCUGUGUUGUCCUGUAUUUCUUUAAGGGAGUUCUUUAUGUCCUUCUUAAAGUCCUCUAUCAUGAUCAUGAGAUGUGAUUUUAAAUCCAAAUCUUGCUUUUCUGGUGCAUUUGGAUAUCCAGUAUUUGCUUUGGUGGAAUAACUUUGGUGGAAGGGCUCUGAUGAUGCCAAGUAGUCUUGGUUUCUAUUGUUUAGGUUCCUGUGCUUGCCUCUUGCCAUCAGGUUGUCUCUGAUGUUAGCUUGUCUUGCUGUCUCUGACAGUGACUUGAGCCUCCUGUAAGCCUGUGUGUCAGCACUCCUGUAGACCUGUUUGCUUUCAGCUAGAUCUGGAAACAGAGAACUGCUCCUUGGUUUGUGUGUUCUGAAGCCUCCAGGCGGGUCGCUUGGAGUAGAAGAGUUGUUCUUACCUCUGCUCCCAGUUGUAUUGGAGCUCCUCUCAACUGGCUUUCAGGUCUGGACACAGGCAGAAACUAGAAGGGUCCUGCCCCCUGACUGCUCCUAGUUUCCCAUAUCCAAAGGGCAGGUUCCUCUUGGACCAGGAAUGUGAGCAGAAGUAGUGGUCUCUCCUGAGCUGUCAUGCUUGUUCACCCUUUUGAUAGUCCAGAUCUCUCUCCCAUGGGAUUUGUGUACAGAGAGCUGUGGGAGCAGUUCAGCUCAGGGUGCAGGCAGAAACCGGAAAUGUCCUGUCCCAGACUGCUCCUGCUUUUGUGUGUCCACAGGCCACAAUGUGGGUCACUUGGAGCAGAAGAGUUGGUUUUAACUCUGCUCUCAGGUGUGUCGGUGCUCCUGGAGACUGGCUUUCAGCUCUGGGCUCAGGCAGAACCUGGAAGAUCCCUGCCCUUGACUGCUCCUAGGUUCCUGUGCCCAGAGGGCACAAAGGCACUAGGUGAGUUCCUCUUGGGCCAGGCAUGUGAGCAGAAGUGUCAGUGUCCCCUGAGCUCUCAGCAUUGUCCAAAUUUCUGAAAGUCUAGUUCUCUCCACCAAGGGAUUUGGGUACAGAGAGCUGUGGUAGUGGUUCAGUUCUGGGCACCAGCAGAAACCGGAAAGUUCCUGCCACUGACUACUCCUAUGUUCCUAUAUCCAUAGGGCACUAGGCAGGUUCCUCUUGGGCCAGGAAUGUGAGCAGAAAUGGUGGUCUCCCCUGAGCUCUCAGGAUUGUCCGUACUUCUGAGAGUCCAGCUCUCUCCCCGACAGGAUUUGGGUACAGAGAGCUGUGGGACUAGUUCAUGUCUUUUCUCUAUAUUAACAAAUAUUCUUGAAUACUUCUUGUAUCCACAUUGACUUAUUUAUUCUCAGUCUGUGUUUCAAAGAUCGCAGUUUUAAGCCAUCUAUGUCAAUUAUUUUAUAUUCAUUUGAUAUUUAUUAUUUUAAUACAUAUUCAUAACAUCUUAAUGAGAUUCACUGUGAUAUGUCCAUACUAGCCUCUAGCUUACAUGAAUCAUAUCUAACUCUGCUUUGUCACCCCAACCCUAGAACCAGUCUCAAACCCUAGAAAUCAGUAUUGCAUUAUCAGAUUCUCUAUUUCUUUUCCACAUAUGUGACAAAAUACUGAACAGUUUUUUUUAAGUCUUUGCCCUAAACUGUAUCCCACUCUUUCACUUUUCUGUUUGCUUUUUCAUCUGCAGGCUCAAUUUGUGACUAGUUUUUCUGAAUAUGCUUGACAUCAAGUUUAAGUUAUUAAUCAUCUUCCUUCAUGUGUAUCUUGUACCAUUUUGGUGUGUCUUCAUCUGCCACAAAUAUAGCAAUAGGUUGGAUGGGCUAGAAUGUAAUUCUUAUUCUCUUUAAUCACAAUUUUGUGUUUUAAAAUUUUCUGUUGUACCACUUUUGUGCAGGUUUAUCUUUCCUUUAUCAUGGAGCCAUGUAGCUCAGUGACCGCAUUUGAUUUCUGCUUAUUAACUACCCACUUCUAAUUGUGUUUUAUCAUAAACAUAUAUCUAUAUAUACAUGUGAGGGAGUAGGUAUUCUCCAAGAAGAAGCACACACAUACACCAUUUACACUUAAGAGUAAAUUUCUAGUCGGUGACUACAGUAGAUGUAUUAGUAAUGAUCAUCUGAUUUACCAUUUAUUCUUUAACUAAUUUCUACUUCACUAGCACUGUGUGUGUUUUCCCAGAACUUCUAAUUGUUUCUCAUCCUGGUGCAGGUUCACAAAGAUGGAUGUAAAGACCCCAAACAAACUGUUGGAGCUUGCUAUACAUAGUCUACUCAAUGAGGAGUCUGCAGCAAUCCAAGCUCUGGAGGAGAUUCCAAGAGAGCUUUUUGUUCCGUUGUUCAUUGCUGCCUUUGAGGGUGGGCAUAAGAAUGUAUUGAGUGCUAUGGUUAAAGUUUGGCCCUAUUACUGUCUCCAUAUUGGGUCAUUAAGCAUACAGGAGCCUCAACAUGAACUCCUAAAAGCCAUGAUUGAGAAUCUUCCAGUAUAUCCUGCACCGUCCUCUUCUUCUCGGGGACCUAAAUUGAGGAUCCUAGAUUUAAGGCAAGACACUGACUGUAGGAUCACAUGCCCUGAAGUCAGCACCAAAACACCUUCCUGUUUUUAUUCUUGUGCUUAUUCUGACCGCUCUAUCACAAAAAUAGAAAGGCAGCUUUGUUGUGUAAAUGCAGAGUGUAAGACUCUCUUACCAAGGCCUGUAGAACUACUAGUGGAUCUUUCCCUCGAUGGCUCCUUAAUGGAAAAGGAAUUUUUGGUUUUGCUUAUGUACAAAAUUGAGGAGAGUUUAGGGUCUUUGCAUGUGUGCUGCCGAGAUUUGCAAAUUGAUAAAUUGUGUAAAUGCAAAUGCACACUGAAAUUUCUUGAUCUCAAAUGUAUUGAUCAAUUGUCAGUUGAUAGGGGCUCACUGAGUGAUAUCACCAGCAUCCUGUGUCGGAUGAUCCACCUAGAAAGCCUUAGUCUGUCUAAUGUCACUUUUAGAUCUCUGAGUGGUAAAGUCUUUAAGAUUUUUCUCAGUCACUUGCAGCGUAUGGAACACCUUAAGGAACUCAGCUUGUCUUCAUUCUGCCUCAAAAAUCAUCUGGACAGAGUUCUCAGAAUCUUACCACCUGGUUUGGAUUUCUUGUAUCUGCCAUUCUGUGAUCUUUCGUACAGAGACUUCAAAUUUAUGUCCCAGAGUCCUCAGGUCACCCACCUAAAGCUACUAAAUCUUAGUAACAACCCAAUGUAUUGGGGUGACUUUGAGCCCUUUCACACUGUUCUGAUAAAUCUCUCUGGUACUCUUCAGCAUCUAGAGAUAAACCAUUGCCUUAUAAGUGAUUCUGCAAUGUCUGCUCUUAUUCCUGCCCUAAUUAGAUGUACCCGUCUCCGUGUGCUGGGCUUUGCUUCUAACCCCAUCUCAAUGCCUAUGCUUGUGAAUAUCAUGCAUAAUUUAACACCCAUGAAGGAGCUAAAAUAUGUGAUUUACCCUAUUCCUGUACAUUGCUAUGAAAGAUGGCAUUUUCAGGGCAGUUUAGACAGACAGAAACUUGCCAUUGUACAGCUACAACUGAAAGCAAUGCUAGAGCUUGCACAUAGAGAGGACAUGAACUGGAUCACUUACUGCGAGUAAAUUUCACAGUCCAACACAGUGUUAAUCUGACAUGUACCAUUAAAGUACUAAUGUUAUUUCCUAGACCCGUAGACUUGAUCUUUAAGGUUCUUACGUUGUACAGAAUUGCACUUAGGAAGGAUAGUGCAUAACUUAGCAAAAACUGAAGGACUUCAAGAGUUUCUUGUCACUAUUGACAGAUUACUGACAAUAGUAGCUUUUAUAUUUUUAUAAGAUGAUCAAUUCCUGCUAUGCUGUAUCCCUGUCCAUACUCUUUGGUAUGCUUGUGGGCACACACAUAAAUCAACACAAUGACAGCCUUUCCUGUCUGUGUUUGUAAAAAAGGGCAGUGGGUUUUGAAGACAGUCCUUUCAUCCCAUAAGUCACUUUAGGCUGUUUUGGGUUGCUUAUGGGAAACUAUCAGGAUUUAACAGUAGUUUGGGAAAGAAUGUAGUAGAGGCCCUGAGAUUUCAAUAUACCCCUCAAGAACAUAAAUACAAUGACCUACUUCCUUGAGGUAGGCCCACUGUGAAAUUUCCACCACUCACCAUGAAGUGUUCAGCUGGGUAUCCAGCCUUCUUCCCAUAAAUUUUGUGGUGGCAUUUAGAAUCCUUGCCACAAUAUUUCUCCUACUUCCUCUAGUUCUCUUAACACUGUAUAUUUACUUAGUUGUGUAAAUCGUUCCCUUAUAUAUAUUUGGCUUCUGUAUUUUUUUCCAAUAACGGUGCCUCAUUUGGUAUGAUACAUUCUAGCCACAUGGGAAUACUCAGGGCCGGCUUACUUCAUUCUCCAAAAUAUGACAUAACUAAAAAUUCAGUUUGUGUAUUCUAGACUUAAUUAGAAACGAUGUAUGCCACAGCAAUAAUUAGCAAUUUACACAGAGCUCAGGAAAUGCCUUAUCCAUCCAGUUGCUUACCACACAGGCUCACCAAUGCUCAGAUGCCUGGCAUAUGUGUAAAAAGUUUAGCACCAAAGUGUACAUUUGUAACUCUGGUGCUGAAAAGGUAGAGGAAUGAUGAACCUUAGUUACAUGGCCAAACAGUCUAACAAAUUAGUGCCUUCUAAGUGCAAUGAGAGAUCCUGCCUCAGAAAAUAUGUGUAGAAGUGUUUAAGAAAAUACCAGAUGCCAACAUCCAGCUCCUGCUUGCAUAUACACAAGCAUACGCAUCUUCUCCCACACAUGAACAUGGAAACAAUAAGGUCUUACUUGUAUUGUUAACUUCUUGAUACGGGAGACUGCAUUGCAAAGGCAUGGUAAAGGUAAAAAAUGAGCACUUGUCCCUUUCACAUACUAAAAUGCCAAAACGAUGACAUUUCAAUGACCCAGUAACAGAAAGAACAGAAGUAACAACUUACACAUAAUGUUUUUCUGUUGAAAUAACUGUCAAGGUAGUUAACAUUUUAAAUUGAUUUUCUUUGGGUGGUAAGAGAUUGUAUUUCCAAGUUAGUAAGAAAAACAUGCUAACAUGCUAUAAUUCGUGUGUCAUAUUUCUCUUGUGAUAUACUUCAAAUUUGUUCAUAUAUUUUGUAAUGCUUGUGUCAUUGUAUAGUGCACAAAAUUUAAAGAUCUAUUAAAAUGCCAAUGUAAUGUGCAAUUUUCCUUACAUUGUUUCCAAGUUAAAAAUUACAGAUUUUGGCAAUUUGUAUUAAAUAAAAUGUUAUUUAAAUUA